AUCCUUUAUUCCACUACCCAACUGAACCACACGUCUUUUCUCCCCCCUUCCCAUGUAUUAAAUGACCACAUCACCCAUAGAAUACGACAAUGUGGAUAAAGGUUCCAAAGAUGCAUCGCUGAUGGCUUGGGAUGAAUCAACUGAAACCAUUGCCAAUGACCAACAUGUAACUGAGGUACACAUAGAAAUUGCACAAGACGACAAAUUUCCUCAGCAACGCACUGUAGCGUUUGAAAAAGUACCGGUAUGGAUGCAGGACAAUGCCCUUAUUACCGAUGCCUAUCGACCACCACUCUUUUCCUAUAAGCACUGCCUGAAAAGUCUUUUUUACCAACAUAACGAGUCCGUCAACAUCUGGUCCCAUUUGCUGGGUGUGAUCCUCUUCAUCAUCAUUGGCAUUUUUUCUUGGUUCGUCUUCUUAGCCCCUCUGAGACCGGUACUUGGAUCGGCCGAUAUAGCUGUAUUUUACAUCUUCAUUCUUGGUGCCAUGGUGUGCAUGAGCAUGAGUUCAAGCUUUCAUUGCUUCAUUGCCCAUAGCGAAACGGUAUGCAUGUCUUGGGUUAGAGCCGAUUAUCUAGGGAUCGUUACCCUGACUCUUGGAUCGUAUUACCCCACUAUCUAUUAUGGGUUUUACUGUCAGAGAACAAUUAUGAUCGGCUACAUAUCCGCUAUUACCGUGAUUGGAGCUGCAACGAUCGCUGUCACUUUGAUGAAAACGUUCCGCACUCCACACUACCGCUGGCUUCGAGCUGGCUGUUUUUUGGCUCUUGGCUUGUUUGGUUUGAUACCCGUCAUUCAUGCCGGCACUAUCUACAAAUUACCCUUAUCGUUCGAGACAAUGUCGUUGGGCUAUCUACUGGGUAUGGGCGCGACGUACAUUGUCGGCGUGUUGAUUUAUGGCUUUAGAAUACCCGAAUGCUUUUGGCCAGGCAAAUUCAAUAUUUGGUGCGCAAGUCAUCAAUUAUUCCACUUUUGUGUGGUGAUUGCUGCUGUUGUUCAUUACCUAGGCGUCAUCAACAUGAUGCAAUAUUGGAACACGGACGACCACUACAAGUGUAGCCAGUUUUGAUCAACUGGUUUCUUUCACGCACGGAUCAACGAAUGGGCCGGCGGCCAUAAUUGACUUUUUUACAUGUGGCUCUUCAUGUCAAGUAUACCAUCCCCCCGCUUUGUACAAU